UGGUCGGUUUCGCGCGUAUUAUAAUACCCUAACUACCUACCUAUUAUAAUAUUAUUUUUGUGCGAGCGUGCAGCCCGCGUGAAAAUAGGAGUGUGUGCGCGCGCACGCGUGUAUUGUGUAUAUUUGUGUGCCAGAUGAUGUUAGUAUAAUAUUAUCGAAAACAAAAUAAUUAGGAUCGAUUGCGCGUAAGAAACGCCGUGCAUAAUAAUAAUAUUGUCCUGGUACUGUUGUGACAAUACAGCAUCUUCGUAAAAUAAAUGGAUUUUAAACACUAGCUGUGAGUCUAUGGAGUCGAAGGAUGAUUCAAACGGGCUAUGUGAGCCAAAGGGGCUGUUCAUCAAAGACAGGAAACAAGAUGAAGUCGAGCUGAGAUUUAAAAAUCUAUACUAUACAGUCUCACUUGGAUUUGGAAAAGGGACUAAAGAUGUUCUUAAGAAUAUUAAUGGUAUUUUUGCUCCAAAUCAGUUGGUUGCUAUUAUGGGACCAUCGGGAGCGGGUAAAUCUUCACUUUUGGACGUUCUAUCCGGAUAUAAUUUAAAAGGUGUCCGAGGAAACGUUACUGUAAAUGGCGAAGAAAGGCGUUUGGAUAGUUUCCGAAGAUUAUCUUGCUAUAUCCAACAAGAUGAUCGCUUGCAACCGUUGUUAACAGUGAAUGAAAACAUGCACAUUGCUGCGAAUCUUAAGCUCUCUAUGGACAAGACUCAAAAAUAUAAAGAUGCUGUGGUAAACGAAAUAUUAUCUACAUUGGGUCUUGAUAAAUGUAAGGCCACUAGAACCGCGAGAUUAUCUGGUGGUCAAAAGAAAAGACUUUCAAUAGCUCUAGAACUAAUAAACAAUCCAAUGGUCAUGUUCCUAGACGAACCAACGACAGGCUUAGACAGUUCUUCAUGUUCUCAAUGUAUAUCACUUCUAAAAUUAUUAGCUCACCAGGGAAGAACCAUAAUAUGCACAAUUCAUCAACCUAGUGCAUCACUAUUCCAGAUGUUUGACCAAGUAUAUAUUCUAUCGCAAGGCACAUGUUUGUACCAAGGAUCUACUGGAAAUGUGAUACCUUAUCUCUCAAAACUUGAACUCCCCUGUCCCCUCUAUCACAAUCCAGCGGAUUUUGUGAUCGAAUUGGCUUGCGGCGAUCAUGGAAACGACAAGAUUGUAAAAAUGGCAAAAGAAAUCGAUAAUGGGAAAUGUUUAACUUGGACAGGAAAUUCUGAUUUGCUAGCCAUCAAUGACGCACCUUCGGGUGCACCUAAAAAAAUAUCAAAAGAGGUAGACAUCGUUCAUGAAACUUCUGCUUAUAACCAAUUGAAAUGUUUGUUACAUCGAGGAAUUUUAAAAUGCAAAAGAGAUCCGGAUUUGACUUAUCUACGAAUAGGUGUAAAUAUAACAGUAAGUGUAUUAUUGGGUACACUAUUUUUACAAAUUGGCGAUGAUGGCAGCAAAAUUUUUGAUAACUAUAAUUUACUUUUUUCCCUUCUUAUGCAUCACGUUGGAUCAACAUUGAUGUUAAAUAUCAUUAACUUUCCUGCUGAAAUCUCUAUAUUGACAAAAGAACAUUUUAAUAGAUGGUAUUCAUUAAAAUCAUACUAUAUCGCUACGAACAUACUUGAUAUUCCAAUUACGACACUUGGUUGUUUGAUAUUUUCCGUGAUCAUUUAUUUAAUGACAGGACAACCAUUGGAAUGGAAUAGAUUUAGCAUGUUUACAUUCAUUUGUUGGUUGAUGGUUCUUAUUUCUCAAAGUUUGGGAUUCAUUAUUGGCGCUUGGUUUAGCGUUAUUAACGGUAACUUCGUUGGCCCCAUUAUCGUCGUUAUGUUGAUGGUGUUCAGUGGCUUUGGCGUGAAUCUCCGUGACAUUCCAUAUCUAUUAAAGUGGGGAACGGAAAUAUCAUUCUUGAGAUACGGAUUGGAUGCACUAGUCGCCGCUAUCUAUGAUAAACGUGGCGUUUUGCCAUGUUACUCGUUGUAUUGUCAUUACAAAUAUCCAACAAAGUUUUUGGACGAAGUUGCAAUGACCACUGAUCACUUCAAUUACGAUGUGUAUGCGUUGCUCAUAACUCUGCUAAUUACUAGAGUAGUUGCAUACUUUUUGCUACGACUUAGAGUCAGAUCCAGAGUGUCAUUAUAAAAUCAAGCUUAGGUACAUCGUUGUAUGAAUGACACACAACACAAUUUACUUACAUAAUAUAUUAUGUAUUAUAUUAUAAUAUUAUACCUAUUAUUGUGUAGGUAUUUGUAUAUAAUAAUUUAUAUAUUUAAAUUUAGAGAACGUCUAUGAUCUGUGACGAUUUUGUGACAAUGUUUUUUUAUCUAAAAUUUUUUAAUUUUUAUUGUCGUUAUGGUUUUUAUACUUUUAUGCAAGAAUCUAUUCUGCAUUUACUGGUUUAAACAAAAUAUGUAUUUUAUAUUUUAUACUCAUCAUUCUAGAAAAGGUAAAUAUUUGUAAAAUGCAAUGUUAUGAUUAGUUUUUAAUUUGGGUAAUUUUAUAAAUAUUAUUUUUAAAUUAUAUAAUAUAAAAUAGUUUUUUUUUUGUUUUACAAAAAAUGUUUCAAUAAUUUAUUAUUAUAUAGUUUUACACUUUUACAUGAUUGUUAUUGAUUUUUG